UGCAUCUUGGCCAUACACUUGUCUGGUCAGUUUCGCAUACUUCGAUACAGGUUUUCAAAACUGUGUGACAUGGAACGUCGGACGAAGGAAGAUGAUAUGGAGUCGGCGUUAACAAGGCAUGUGCAUGUGUUUUACGAGAAUUUGAAGGCAUGCAUUCGACACCAUCAAGCACUCAUCACUUUCUGCGACAGGCUUGAAAACGUGUACACGAUGUUGAUAUUUGGACAAGUGUUGGUAUUUAGUGUGUUAAUUUGCCUGUUUGCUUAUCAAGGAUUAUUGGCUGCUGCCCCUCUAGCGAGACGCUCGAUUUUCAUCUUUCUUUUAGUCGGCUCAAUGGCUCUACUGUUUAUGUUCACCUAUAGCUGUGACAGUGUGAUAGAACACAGUGAGAAAGUUGCUAUAGGAGCAUAUUCAGCGCUGUGGACGAUCAUGCCAAUGAACAAAUCUGGAAAGAUGCUUCGAAACGAUCUAAUAAUGGUGAUUGAGCGAUCAAGACGAGUUUGUUGUCUCACCGCGAACAAAUUUUUCCCUGUAUCAUUGGAAACUUAUACCACGGUAAAUAUAAUAUCGAAUCUACAAUAAAUACACGUUACGAUCUAUGAAAUUUAAAGCAUAGGGCAAAUUUUUAGACACUAAGAAAUUGCAAUUUUCAAUAUCGUAAAAUAAUUUGUUUAUUAACAUUUUGCAGAUUUUA